CAUUUUGUUUGAUGUGUUGCUUCUAGCCUGUCAAGUUUCAAACAAAUACUUUUCAAUGCGCUUGCGGCCCUGACCCAUGGACUCCCGGGCCGAGAUUUUGGCCGCGCUUCGGACAAAAAUCGCCCGAGGUUCGGUCACAACACAGCCCCAUACCUUUUCUGAGGAGCGAUCCUUCAGUGAGGACGAACUAGUCCAGCAGUUGAGGUCGUUAAAGCCAAGCUCCAAAGAUGAGCUUGCGUACGAAAGGUAUGACGUCUUUCAGUUUUAUUGGAGACAUCCAGCAGUGAGAUUGCUCUUUGUUCUAAUGCUUUUCUUCUUGGAUCUCUAUAUUUUCGGAGAGGACCCCACAACGUACUCCAAAACGCCUUGCCGGAUCGGUGGUCUGGGCCAUAUUGUAAACAUUUUUCUGGUGGACUUGCAUGAGAAAGACAUUUUUCCCUGGCUGGUGCUUCGACUGCUGUUGCUGGGUUUGUUUGUUUCGGCUGGGCUUGUCUUGGCCAAGAAAUUGAAGUCUCGGUUGGCUUUGCGUUUUGAGAUGUUCACCUACAAGGGCAGCUACUUUAUUAUUGGAUUCCUGGUUUUGACCAUGAACUUGUUCAUCUGUGCAAAGACCUACAAUUGGAUCCGCUGGAAGAUCUUGUGCAACGACUUGGACGGCACGUGCCACUGUGAGGAUGCGAAGUGCGGUGGUUACAUCUCCAACGACCUUCACAUUCGAAACGAUCGCUUCGCGAGCUUAACGCAAUGUGGAGCGUUCCUGGCCGAUUCUCUGGCGGUCUUCAGCGUCUUGGAUCUGAUUUUACAGGAUGACAGCAUGUACCAUUUCGGGAAGUUUUCCUUGUGUGGAACGGAAGUGAAUCUGUUUGGUCUGUGGGAAAAGCACCGGACUCGCAUUCUGUGGGGAAGCUUUGGCGUACUGAUGGUGCUGGGAGUGAUCGGCCUCUGGAACAGCACUGGUGCCCUGGCUGCUUACCAGCUGAUGUCGGUCGGUCAUCGUUCCAACAUCGGUCGCAUGGUGAUUGCUGGAGCACUCUUCAUCAUCGACCUGUGCAUCGUCACUCAAGACCUUGAUUUCCCUCAUUUCGAGAAUUCCUUAGAAGUGAUGUUGCUCGGCACAAACAUUGCCUUCGAAGGGUCCUUUAUCAACUACAUCAUGGUCUUUGUGUCCAUGUUGCUGGACCUCAACUGCCUCUACACGCUCGGUUGGUACGAACCCACUGAAUAUGGUCAGUACUUCCUGGGCAACUCUUCGGUUUGUUCGCGGUCCAACGUCUCCGACUUUGAGGUGAAUUGCAGCAGUCCAAAGUGUCCCAAAGUGGAGAAGUCCACCUUCUCGAACGACUGGAGAAAUCUCACAACGUGCUAUGCAGAGGAUAGAUUGCUACAAUCGAGGUACAACGAAGAAAUCCACAAGUACCGCCUCUAUCUGGCGGCCAUUCCGAUUAUGAUUGGCAUUUUUAUUUUUGCCAGCUUGUUUCGCCUUGCAGGCAGAUCUUGGCAGAAUAUGUGUCGACGGGUUGUCAUCUCCAAUGCCUUUGCUGCCAAGAGAAUUCAGGAGUUUCAGUCAGUCGAGAUGGCGCCGGUCUUCAGCGAGGGCCGCGAGGGCUGCCCAAGAGCAGUCGAAGAGGUCCAAGAGACCGCCAUGAGUCGUGCCGAGCGCCUCUUGUGUGAGAUCCGAGCGGCUGAUCCAGACGUGGCGUCGCACCGCGUCAUCGUGGUCACGGCCGGAGGGGUGAAGGCCUUCGACCUGCGAGACAAUCCACGGUCGCCGUUUGCAGGAUUUCAUGGUGCCUGGAUGAGACCCCAUGUGUUUUGCAGGCGGUUGCGUUGGUGGCUUCGCAGAAGAUUGGUUUCCUUGUGGCAGGCCCAAGAAGACCUCAGCAUCCAAGAGCUGGCCGACUCGGGUCUACAGCUCCCUGGUAGACCUCCUUCUUCCUCCCGAGACCACUUGUAUGCUCGCGUGAAGGAUCUCAAAGAGAAACUCCGUUCUGCCGGGUCAGUGCGGACAGAUGUCCCCUUUCGUUCCGUGGAACUUCUUUGGCAAGGACGCUUACUGCACGAUGACACUAUGCUGCGUUCGUUGGGAGCAGAUGCUGUGUUUUUCUUGCUCUACGACCGCUGGAGCUUGAGACGAAAGCGCUUGGCAGCCUGGCGUGCCGCUGCUGAUGCAGAUGUCCAAGGAUGAUCCACUUGUUACUAGUAGCUUCUAGCUACUAGGAGCGAUGCACCUGUUCCUAAUAGCGAUGCACUUGUUACUAGUAGCUUCUUGUUACUACUAGUAAGGCACCUGUUACUACUAGCUUCUUGUUACUACUAGUAAGGCACUUGUUACUAGUAGCUUCUAGCUACCAGGAGCGAUGCACCUGUUCCUAAUAGCGAUGCACUUGUUACUGCAAGUCGAAGAUCAGGUUGUCAUGGGGAUCGAGAGGUUGUCGCGUGAAGUGAAUGCCGAUGAAUCGAG